AGAGUGGCGCGGGGCUCGGUUGCUAUAGCGACGGCCGGGCCUGGGCCUUUCCAGAAAGCUCGAUGGGGUGUCGGGGCCCGGGGUCGGGCGGGGUUGUUUACAUCUCGCAGUUCCUGACCUCGCACAGAGGGCCUGAAUGCUCUCCAGAGUCACCGUGUUGUUCAAAGAGCCACUUGUCCAGGCCCAAGUGGGGCAAAGGGCCUGUGGUCUGCAGCGGGGAGAGAUUACACCAGUCCCUGCUGGCUGCUGGUUCACCAGACCCUCCUGAGUGAGGAAUUCCUCGCAGGCCCUCCUGAAAUCAGUAAUUGCAUGCUGCCACUUCCCUUCUGCUGUUCAACGCAUACAAAUACCUGAGCAAUUCAAGAGGACUCCCGGUUCUACUCAGAUGACCAGUAGCAUGGACAUGGACUGCGAGAAGUGUCAGUGCCAGCAUGAAGACAAACACUCAGCCAUUCUCUACACCCUCCUCAGCCAGAACCUGGACCACAGCCCACCUCACCAGCGCUGCCCCUGCCACCAGCGCUGGACGGUCUGCCUCCGGACACCCCAUAUCACCUGCCAGGCUGCCUCCGACGUGCUGGUGAAAACCAUCAGCUUCAUGAAAAACCUCCCUUCCUUCCACCUGCUGCCGCGAGGGGACCAGCUCCUGCUGCUGGACAGCUGCUGGGUUCCUCUCUUCCUCCUGGGGCUGGUCCAGGAGACGGUGACGUUUGAGGUGAUGGAGACCCCAGCCCCCAGCAUGCUCAAGAAGAUCCUCCUUGAUGGCCAAAGCAAAAGGCAGGAGCCUGAGUGGACACAGCCCAUGCUGGCUGCUGUGCAGUGGCUGCAGUGCAGCCUCAACACCUUCUGGAGCCUGGACUUGAGCCCUAAAGAAUACGCCUACCUGAAGGGAGCCAUUCUCUUUAAUCCUGACGUCCCAGGGCUGACGGCCUCCCUGUACAUUGAGAGCCUCCAGCGGGAAGCCGAGCGAGCACUUCAGGAAGUCGUGCGGAUCCUGCACCCCGAGGACCAGGAUCGCUUUUCCCUCAUUUUGCUGAUCACCUCCACCUUGAAAUCCAUCCCUCCUGCCCUCAUCACAGACCUCUUCUUCCGGCCCAUCAUUGGCAAUGCAGACAUUGUUGAGCUCAUCGUGGAUAUGCUGUAUGAAAUCACCAGCUGGCAGCUGCCUCCCUCACCACGCAUGGCUCUCUGAGCUGCCAUGAUCUGCCACAGCCCUGUGGAUGCUCGCAAACACCUCGCAGGGCAGCAGAGAGAACUGGGGAGCAGGAAUUCAGGAGGACAGGCGCUCUGAGCUCCACAGAGAACUGGCUUUGCAUGUGCCUCUCACUAAGAUGUAGGGUCCAGCAAGGUUGUAGCAGGGCACAGGGGAAAGCAGCUUUGAUUCAGCAGAUGUUUAUGGCAACUCCUGCUCCACCUCUGCCAGUCUCAGUUUCAGGGAGCGUGAAUGUGUGUGUGGCUGUUUCCCUGUUCUGUAGCUGGUGGUACUCAGCUGCCAGCAAACAGGCCAGCCCUGUGACACAGGGCAGGCUGAGUUAGAGCCUGCUCCAGUUUUUAUUUUAUCUCAAUGAAUCCUUGAUUCAGUUAAAAUCAAUGUGUGUUUUGUUGUUAACUCCAAGAGAUGAGGUUUGACCUCAACUCACUGCCCAUGACAGCUCAACUCUGUGGUAGUGGUAUUUAGGGGUGCUGAGUAUCUUGUCUUCAGUGGAAUCGCUUGUAGAAUAUUGCCAAGUGCAAACAGUAAGAAAUUAGGUCUUGAAGUCUUGGCCAAUGUCUAUUGUGCAUGAAAUCUCGGAAAUAUUCAGAAAGAAUCUUCCUCAGGCACCAAGAGGGAAACGUAUAAAAUCUUACCAGGUGUGCAGCCAGCCAAAUUAAUGCCUUCUGCCUUUCAUUAGAUUGCAUCUUGUCUCUAUUAUGCCAUGAGCUGCAACAGGAUUGCUCACAGAGCAAUGGAUUACCUAAGAGCAGCGAAAUGUAUGGCAAAUAAUGCUGCAUGGACAUCAGGGAGUUGAUCCUACCUAUACACCACAAAGGUGCUUCUAGUAAUAUUGAGAAUGGCUCAGGCUGUGGGCUUGCCUCUGUUCCUGUGACAGCAAGCGAGACACUGAGCUAUAGACACUGAACAAACGAGCAGAACUGUUAGUGGCAGAAAGAAAUGUCCCUGCCUUGAGUUACAGCUGGUUAAACAUGUAGCAUGUCUGGAAAGCUCGCUUCUCCUGUCUGCAGCUUUUGUAAAGCAUUAGAUGACAGUAUUUUAUGAGUGGGCCUUCUUUUGGUUUGUAUAUAAGAUGCAGUAAAUUAUUUUUUUAAUAAAAUGUUUUACAUUUUGGAAAAUGGCGGCGGUGACUUCCAGGGUGGGUGUUACACUUCUGGGAUUCCAGACUUAUAGAAAUACUGGCUGUAGGCCUGGUGUGGAAAGGACACCAGAACGAGCAGGGACAGAGACUUUCCCCGCAGGCUCUCAGUGAAAUCCUUCUGCCCCGUCAUCACAGGGGAGCGUUGCGAUGUGGUCACAGGAGCUGUCUGAUUCACAGCCCCGUGGCACACACUCCCCUGUGCACCCAGCAGAGAGAAAUCUGCCGAGGCAGCAGAACCGCAGCCCGUCUGUACGCUGCACCUUCCUUCAUGCACGCAGCCACGCCCGGAGGUGCUGAGGCAGGAGGUGGGUGCUGACUCACCUGGCUGUGCACACAGCCGUCAGCAGGCAUGGAGACUAGCCCGUGUGCCAUGCACGGCCCCGCCGAGGUGCCUGGUGGAGCCAGACAAGGUCUCCCAGUGCCCCAUCACCCUCCUACCCACUGAAACACAUCGCAUUUGAGCUGGGAGCCCCGUAGGAGAACAGAGCGUUCUGCCCAUCUGUCCCUCCACUCCUGCUGCCAAACAGUAGCAGGCUGCUUCCAAGGCGAUCUCAGCCCCUGACAGCCAUUUUCCAAGGGGAAGGAGCGCAUGAGUCACCGGGUGAUUUCCGCAGGCCCACGCCAGCCACGAGCUGCUCAGCACGGUGACAUGCGCGUGAGUCACUGCAUGUGGGGCGCCCAGUAGCUCCACUGGCACAGUGACCCUGU